UAUACUUCAAAAGUGAGUGGCAGAGUUAGCAAUUGCGCCCUAAACGGAAAUUAGUCGACCAAAUUGGUGACUUCCUGACGAUGAGUUCAUGUAUGUAUGUAUGUAUGCAUGGAUAUAUGUAUGUAUGAAUAAAUGAAAUGUUCGUACGUUUAAUAAUUCCAAUGAGUGAUGUGUGUGCGUGUGCGUGUGCGGCAGCUGAUCUCGGCGCUGAGCGCGAGCGGGUCGGGCGCGCUGGAGCACGACCCGUGCUGCCUGUACCGCAGCGCGCCGGCCGCGCAGCCGCUGGGCGUCGCCGUCAUCGACGCCUCCGUGCUGCUCUUCCCGCACAUAUUCUCCAGGGCGGCCAACAAGCACAGGUACUCACCUGUUCCACCUUGUAUCGUCUUGUGACACAUUACUUAAAUAUGUCAAUGUAGUUUCGUUGAUAAAUCUGUCAUUCUGUCUAAAUCUAUACACACGGCAAUGUGUUAGCUAAGUCCCGAAAAGGAAUAAUUCACAUCUUUAUGUGAAUUAUUAUGAAUAUCUGUAAUUUUACAUACUUAAUAAGUACCCCUUGAAUACCUACAAUUAAAAACGGAACACUUUGAAUUGAAAUUAUGUGUCAAGGUAAAUCAUUAUACUUAAAAAGACGACAAAAUUCUAAAAACUACACCAUAUCGAUAUUCAGUGUCGACAGGUGUUGACAAAGUUAUUGGUGCAGCUAAUUUUAAGCACAACCUUAAUAAUUAACUUUGAUGCUUGGUAGUUCACCACUGUGCAAUUUACCAGGAAUUUUCUUCCUCGCGCGACUUCUUUGUGAAAUCGUUUACCAUCGGCGAUUUUUCCGCACCGAUACGACUUAAGACAUUCAAGAGACGAGCUUACACCCUUUUUAAAAGCCCGGAAACGCACCUGCAAUUACUCUAGUAUUGCAGUUGUUAAUGGGUGGCGGUCAACACUUACCUUCAGGCACGCCGCAUGUCGUUCUUCCCCUUGUUCUUUAAAAAAAAAACUAACCGCACCAAAAACUUUGUCGUCCUUCCAUUCUUAUAGCUUAAAUAAAUAAUAAUAAUCCGUAAAAUGUAAGCGCGAAAAAGAACGUUGAAUAUGAUGUAUUUAGUUAGAUUACCAUUACCGUAAUCAAUUAUACUAGAGGUGAGCUUUGUCAUUAUUACUACGGCUUAUUACGAGUAGGAAGAUAAGUAAAGUAAAUUUGCAGUCUAUUUACGUCCCACUGCUGGGCACACGCCUCCUCUCAUUUCUGAGAGGGUUUUAGGGCAAGGAAAUCCGCCGCGCUGCCCCAUUGCGUGUUGGCGAACUUCAAAUGUCUUCGAAAUAUUCUUUUUUAUCAUUUCUCAGACAUGCAGGUUUCCUCACGAAGUUUUCCUUCACCGCCGAGCAAGUGGUAAAUCAGUAUUUAAAAUUGCAAUUAACAAUUUCAUUGGUGCCGGCGGGGAUCGAACCCGGGUUGCUCGAGUACUGUGAAGCUUACAGCGAGCGAAUAAUAUUAGGAAGAUGCUGCUGCCCAUCUCCUGCUUUGGUCCCCUCUGUCGGCGCUUACGAUCUCUUACUCUCACUAUGUGGGGUAGGGAAUAUUCUUACACUGCCACUACAGGAUGCCACCAUCUUGAGAAAUGAUAUGAAGAAGCAACUUAUUUCUACAUUUUAUGUAAUAGAUUUUUUUUCUAAAUGAAGGAAUGAUGUUUGGGGUUGUCGGCCUAGUCGAUAAGAGUUGGCAUCUGAACGGAUGCCAAGCUCCAUAGUUGUUCUAACAAUGUUACAUUGUACAUUAAUCUUGUGAUUUUAAGCACAGCUACUACUGUUGUUUUUAAGAAAACAUGUGCUUUUGCAGACAACAAAUGCUAGAGCAUUUCGCUGAAUGCAUAAAGAUGUCAAAAGGAGUUCGUCAAGAGGCUAUUCAAAUCAACAUUUACACCGCUCUGUUGUUAGCCCUGCGUACGUUGGCAGAGUUAAAGAGCUCGUUGGGACAGGAAGCCGUGAAGAAUAUUGCUACUGAACUUAUUAUUAAUGGUCUAUCAGCGAACAGUGCAACAGUCCGGGCUGCAGCUGCUUCUUGCGCAGGCAGACUGUGCGGUUGCGUGUCGGAAGCAGAAUCUCAAGCGCUGAGUGAACGCGUUAUUACUCUGGCGCGGACGUCGGCAAACAGGCCGGUACGAGCUGCUGCAGCGGCUGCAGUGGGCGCCGUGCAGCGGGCGCGUGGGGCUGCCUCCAGCGCUGCAGCGCUGCCGGUGUUGAGAGCAUUGGCGCAGGACUCGGCAGCAGUCGAGCUGCAGGUCUGGUCUCUGCACGCGUUAUCGGUUCUGGUGGAUGCGUCUGGACCUAUGUUCCGUGGCCAUGUGGAAUCGACCCUCAACCUGGCUCUGAAGUUGUUGUUCAGUUCGCCACCGUACCAGGAGGAUCUUCACCGUAGCAUCGGCCGGUUGCUGUCCGCGUUGAUAACCGUUGUUGGACCUGAGUUGCAAGUGGGAAGUGGUGCGGUGAGUAGAUUUCUGUGCGCGUGUGCCGCGCUGCAGGAGUGCAGCGGCGGGGGAGCGCGCGCCGAGAGCAUCGGCUGCCUGCAGCAGCUGCAGAUGUUCUCCCCGCGCAGCAUCAACCUGCACACGCUCGUGCCGCAGCUCUGCCGUGAUUUAUCAAGCUCUGAACUAGCAGUCAGACGUGCUGCACUUUGCUGCUUGAGACAGUUAUCGCAGAAAGAAGCAGCGGAGGUUUGCCGUUACGCCUUGCUAGCUAAAGAUCAUGUUCCUGCAAGACCAUAUUGUGGCGUGACGAUAACGGAGAGCGGGCUGCCGGGCGCGCUGUUCGCGUACCUGGACACGGAGCGGGACGAGAGCGCGCUGUCGCACGCGCGCGACGCGCUGUCGUGCUGCCUGCUGGCCGCCGCCGCCGCGCGCCAGCUGCGCGACUGGCUGCUGCUCGCCAAGCGCGUGCUCACCGUGCGCCUCGAGGACACCAACAACCAAGAAACAGAUUUUGAUGGCGAAGGUGAUGAUGACCAAGCGGAAUUCCAUGCAGAAUCAGAGCAAUCCACACAUCCAGCUAUUCAGCCAAGAUGGUCUACAAAGGUAUUUGCAAUGGAAUGUAUUCAGAAAAUCAUGAGUGCUUGCGAGGCAACAGGUGACAGCGCGCAUUUCGAUCUCGUGAAAGCCAAAGAAAAAUUGCAAACUGAUCCUAAUGGAGACUAUCUAUCACUUCAUCUCUCGGACCUAGUCCGAAUGGCGUUUGUAGGCGCAACAGGCGAGUCAGACGCAUUGCGUUUGAGCGGAUUACAUACACUGCAGAUGAUCAUACAGCUGUUCGCUCGCGCCCCGGAACCGGACUUCCCCGGACAUUUACUCCUUGAACAGUAUCAGGCACAGGUGGGCGCGGCGGUGCGACCGGCGUUCGCUCGCGACACGGCGUCGCACGUGACGGCGGCCGCCUGCGACCUGUGCUCCGCCUGGCUGGGCUGCGGCGUCGCGCGCGACAUCGACGACCUGCGCAGAGUUCACCAGUUGCUGGUUUCUAGCUUAGAUAAACUG